UUCCAGUGAGUCCUCACGCUCCAGGGGUGUGGUAAAUAGUUCCUGAAGAGAAGUAGAACGCUUCCAGAAAUUCUAGAAGUCAGUCGGGGUUUAGAAAACGUGACCGUGAAGACCAUUUUUGAAAUUUUAUUCGUAUUAAAGAUGGCUUUAGAAAUGUAUUUAGACCUUUUCUCACAGCCAUGUCGCUCGGUGUAUAUCUUUGCCAAGAAAAACAACAUUUCUUUUGAUUUUAUGAAGGUUUCGCUUUUGGAAGGAGAGCAGUAUGGAGAAGAGUUUGGGAAGAUCAACAUGAUCAGGAAAGCUCCUGCAAUCCGAGAUGGAGACUUCUGCUUGGCUGAAAGCAUUGCCAUCAUGAAGUAUCUGGCAGAGAAGUACCAGACCUCAGACCACUGGUAUCCAGCCGAUCUGCAAAAGCGUGCCCGUGUCAAUGAAUACCUGUCCUGGCAGCACAUGGGCAUACGUAUGCAUGGCUCAAAGAUGUUUUGGCUCAGGCUCUUGAUUCCAAAGAUCAUGGGUGUGGAGGUCCCCAAGGACAAGAUGGAUGGAGCCCUGGAGGACCUGGAAGGCUCUCUGAAACUCAUUGAAGAAAAGUUCAUUGGGGACAAGCCCUUUAUCGCAGGAGACCAGAUCUCCUUGGCCGACCUGGUGGCCAUUGUUGAGAUCAUGCAGCCUGUCGGUUCCGGCUUGGAUGUGUUUGAGGGAAGACUUAAGCUAAGUGCCUGGCGAGACAGGGUUCAGGCGGAGAUCGGGAAGGAGCUGUUCGAUGAGGCUCACCGGGGGAUUCUUGCGUCCCAGGAAAUGGUCAAGAAUAUGGACAGCAGCAAGAUGCAGGUCUUCAAACCCAAGAUCUUGAGAUUCUUCCUCUGAAUGCUCCAAUGACAGUGCAGAGGAAUUGAAAUGAAGCUGGUCCUCAGAGAAAUAAUCAAACUGUUAGUUAGCCACUAUGCAGCAUGUAACAUAACAGUGUAACAUAAUAACAAAAACAUCUACAUUUCCUCUAUGGAAAACAGUUCCUGUUAGAAUAAAAAAAUUAAUGUAUGUAAUUGUCACUAAUGUUCUAAAAAGCUGUUUUUACCUUUCACUGUUUUUGAUUGACUGAAUACCGUAUCGAAUUCAGACAACCAGGUUUAACGUUUGCAAACAAUAUAUUAUCUGUUUCAAAGUUGA